AAAGCAUGUUGGGAUAUUUUUGUUUUCGUCGCCAUUUUGGAUGUUGAUUCUGGUCUCUUCAUCUGUCAGCGAAAGUCGACGUAUCGGGGUGUGAAUCGACACGAGCUAUGUGAUAUGUGACAACGGCAUCAUGAAUUCUUGACAAUUACGAUAGUUCCGACAUUGUUUUAACACCAUCAGAUCCAGAAAUGGCGACUACGAAGGAAACAAAACAAAAACGGAAGCAGCUAAAACUGAAGGCGGUGCCCCAGAAAACAAAAUUGUUUCGGGCAAAUGAACCUUUGUUGAGUGUGUUUAUGUGGGGCAUUAACCAUACCAUUAAUAAUCUGAAUCAUGUCAACAUCCCAGUUAUGCUUAUGCCAGAUGACUUCAAAGCCUUCAGUAAAGUCCAUGUGGAUUAUCACAAAUUCAACAAAGAGUCAAUGCCAAGUCAUUUCAAGGUCAAAGAAUACUGCCCUAUUGUGUUCAGAAAUCUAAGGGAACGCUUCGGAAUUGAUGACCAUGAUUACAUGAACUCCUUGAUCAAACAUCCAGAAAAAAUAUCACCAGGUAGGUCCAGGGUAAUCCCAGCACAUGACAGGAAGUACUUCAUAAAAACACUAGUCAGUGAGGAAGUGGAACAGCUUCAUAUAAUUCUCAAACAAUAUCACCAGUUCAUUGUGGAAAAUCAUGCGAAGACGUUGCUGCCUCAAUAUUUGGGAAUGUAUCGGAUCACGGUGAAUGACACAGAAACCUAUCUGGUGGUCAUGAGAUGUGUAUUCAGCCCACGACUUCAUAUCCAUAAAAAAUAUGAUCUAAAGGGAUCAACAGUGGACAGAUCUGCAAGUGAUAAAGAGAAGGCCAAGGAUUUACCGACGUUUAAGGACAAUGAUUUUUUAAGUGACGGUGCCACUAUCCACAUCGGAGCCGAGAACAAAGCAAAACUGAUGGCCAUGCUGAAACAGGAUGUGGAGUUUUUGGAGAGUCUACACCUUAUGGACUACAGUCUGAUUGUGGGAAUCCAUGACUGUGAGCGAGCUGAACAGGAGGCCAUGGAGAACCCUAACGUAGACCAUAGCAACAUGGAGGAAAAUGACUCGGAGAACGGCCUGGAUGACGAGGAUUACCUGGGGGCGGGGGGUGUCCCCACCCCACCCGACAGUCCACAACCCUCCCCCUACAUGCCUUACACUGGGGAGUUAGACAGCGAGAUGGAGAGAUAUGCAUUUAAAUCUAGUCCUGACUGCCCAAGACAAGAAAUCUAUUUUCUAGCCAUGAUUGACAUUUUAACAAAGUACGGUGUGAAAAAAAGAACUGCCACUGCAGCAAAGACCGUGAAACACGGGGCGGGAGCUGAAUUCUCCACAAUUCGGCAUGAUCAAUACGCAAAGAGAUUCCUAGAAUUCAUUAAUAAGUACAUAGAAUGACAAGUGAACUGGUUAUUUUUAAAACUCUAUAGACAAAUCCAGAGGCCAUUUACUGAUGUAAUCAGGAUUUUGACGUCAGAGAGAAUUGUGUUCUGUGAUUAUGAUGUCAUGUUUGAUGUCAUGAAGUUAUGACAUCAUUUUUGAUGACAUGGAUUAUGAUGUAGGGUAAACUCACAUCCCACAAGACUUUGUUGUCUUUGUAAAUGUAACUCAUAGUCAUCGUAGAUGUGGAAAUAAUUCUAAUAGGACCAUCUCACUGCUCUAGAUGUUUAAAAACUGUCACAAUAUGGUUCAUGUCAAAAACUUAAAAAAUCUUCGUACUUAAGUUUGAAUGCACAGAUCUGCAGUUUUUGUUUAGUCUGCUGUAAUGUUAAAUAUGCAGCAAGAAAAAUUAUACGCUGUUUUAAUGGAAGAAAAGUUAAUUA